AUGAUUAGCGACAAUGAAAAAUAAUAGAUACGAUAACUAUUUGCAAAUGAUUAGAAAUAUACUUCUAAUGAAAAAAAGAUCUAAAAUGAUUUCAUUGUUUAAAUGCAAAUUGCUAAAUAUGAUUUCAAAAAUAAAGACGAUCCAUUAUUAAUUCAGGCAGGUCUAAUUUUGAUUUUUAUCUUUAGGUCUCACCGAUUAAAAAUAAUCAGUCUUUAUCAUAUAAGGCAAAUUUUAGAAUGAAAAUAAUGUAAGAUCAAUUGCUUACUAUAUGAUCUCUUAAUUGCAGAAUCAAAAAAAUUAGUAAAUAUUCUAUAAUAUUUAUGAGAGAAUAUUUCAUCAUUUAUAUAAAUACAGAGUUGCUAACUUAUUUGAAUCUAUCUAAAUUUUACUCAAUUUUUAAAGAAUUUCCUUGUGUUUAUUUUGAAAACCUACAAAAAAUUUUUAUAAUGCAUGGAAAUAUUUUUAUUAAAUCAUGGUUUUGGUUUCAAAAUAGUGUUUAAAUAAAAGUUUUGAAAUCAAAAACUAUUUAUCUUGAAAAGUAUAUAUAUAAUAAAAUAAAAUACUAGAGUUGCGUAAUUACUAAAUUAUUAGUUUUUUAAAAAAUAAUAAUUUGAAAAAAUGCCUGCAUAUUGUAAGGAUUCAUCUUAUCCUUAAUUUUAAUAAGCUUUUAUAGGAAAUUAAUUACAAGUUAUCCAAUAAUCCACAAAUUAAAUUUAUAAUCUUGAAUUGGAUCAAUAUGAAUUUACAAAUAAGGGAAUUCCAUUAAUUCUUGAUCUAUGCAUUACAAGAUUAUUAUAAGAUCCUUAAAAUAUUCAAAUAGAAGGGAUAUUUAGGUUAUGUUCUGCAUCAACUCAAGAUAAAUAGUUUGAAAAUUAUUUAAUUUAAAAAUAGUAUUCAGAAAUACUAGAUUUCGAGAAUAUCAUAGUUAUAGCAAAUUUUAUUAAGAGAGUAUUAGAUAAAUUAAAGUAUUCAGUCAUUCCAUAUUAAUAUUAUGAUUAAAUAUUUAAUACGAAACAAUAUUCUAUUGAAUAAACAUAGGCAUUGAUAUAGUAAUUCCCGAUUUUGAAUAGAAAUUUAUUCACAUUAAUCAUAUUAGUGCUUUAAUCUGUAGCUUCAUAUUCUCACAUUAAUAAAAUGACUUCAAGCAAUUUGUCUAUUGUUUUUGGAAUAAGCUUAUGUAGACCAUAAGAAUAUGAAUAAGCUAAUGUUUAAGAGUAAUAUUAAAAGUAUUAUUCAUUAAAGUAUAUUUUAGAAUAAAAAUGGUAAAUUAAUUUAUUUAAUUCAUAAUUGAUAAUGCUACCGAAAUUUUUCCAAAUUAAAAAAUUAGUGAUUUUUUGCUUGACACAGAAGAAUAAUAAAUAGAUUAAUAAUAAUGA